GGGGCCUCCCCUGUGCAUGAGUGGCGCUCAUGCAGCUCCUGCGCUCGCUGUCCCUGGCCCCACGUGGGUCGUUGGGAACGGAGCUCACAGCCAGGUGCCCACACAGAUGUGGAGGCAGGCAGUGGGGCAGUAUGAUGUGCCAAGCGGGGUAGGAAGUAGCCCAGCAUAGCCGAGGAGGCUUCUUGGAGGGAGCGGCGUCUGACCUGCGUCUGAGGGCCCGUUUAGGUCCUGUGGGUAAAGAAGGGGCAAGAAGGGCCUUGUGGAUCACUGUGGGUGAAGGCAUGGAAGCAGCAACUCCCGGGGCUGUGCGCUGUGGAAAGAAAAGCAGCUGACGUAGAGGGAGCAGUGAGCUCGGCAGGCUGACAGGAAGGGCAUCUGGGUAAGUUUGGGGCCGCUGUUGGAUGAGUUUUCUGUGAACAAAUAACUAAUGGCCUUUCUGAAACACGGGCUGGGACCCUGCAUUCAAAUGUGGACUUUGCUUCCUGAGAACGGAACUGUUAAACAUGUUGCUACUUGGAAGAGCAAGCAAGAAUUAUUUGUCCAUGGACCUAAGGAUCCACAUCCAAGUCCACUGAUCACAUCAGAGACGCAGGAUGGCUACUUCUCUCACCGACCCAAAGAAAAACUGCGUACAGACAGCAACAAUGAGAACUCAGUCCCCAAGGAUUUUGAGAAUGUUGACAACAGCAACUUUGCACCCCGGACUCAAAAGCAAAAACAUCAGCCAGAGUCAGCAAAGAAGCCGCCAAGUGGACAGAAGCAGCGUUUGCAGAGGAAGAUAGAGCCACAGGACAAAGGGCAGGGACAUUCUGUCCUAGGGAAGGGCCCCAGUGAGGUGCUACCUCCUGGCGAGAGGCCUGCCGCCAACAGCAGCCAUGGGAAGGAUGCACCCAGACAGCCCCACUCCAGGAAGAGUGGUGGCAGCGCUCCCGAGACCAAGUCUGAGCAGCCACCCAAGUGUGACAUCUCGGGCAAGGAGGCCAUCUCUGCCCUGUCUCGCUCUAAGUCCAAGCACUGCCGCCAGGAGAUUGGGGAGACCUACUGCCGCCACAAGCUGGGGCUGCUGAUGCCUGAGAAGGUGACUCGGUUCUGCCCCCUUGAGGGCAAAGCCAACAAGAACGUCCAGUGGGACGAGGACUCUGUGGAGUACCUGCCAGCCCACCCAGUCAGAAUCGCCUUCGUCCUGGUGGUGCACGGCCGUGCCUCUCGGCAGCUGCAGCGCAUGUUCAAGGCCAUCUACCACAAAGACCACUUCUACUAUAUCCAUGUGGACAAGCGCUCUAAUUACCUGCAUCGGCAAGUGCUCCAGUUCGCCAAGCAGUACAGCAACGUUCGCGUCACUCCCUGGAGAAUGGCCACCAUCUGGGGGGGAGCCAGCCUCCUGUCCACCUACCUACAGAGCAUGCGGGACCUUCUGGAGAUGACUGACUGGCCCUGGGACUUUUUCAUCAACCUCAGUGCUGCAGACUAUCCCAUCAGGACGAAUGACCAGCUGGUCGCCUUUCUCUCCCGAUAUCGAGAUAUGAACUUCUUGAAGUCACACGGCCGGGACAAUGCAAGGUUCAUCCGGAAGCAAGGUCUGGACCGGCUCUUCCUGGAGUGUGAUGCCCACAUGUGGCGUCUGGGGGACCGGCGUAUCCCUGAAGGUAUUGCUGUCGAUGGUGGCUCUGAUUGGUUCCUACUGAACCGGAAGUUUGUGGAGUAUGUGACAUUUUCCACAGAUGACCUGGUGACCAAGAUGAAGCAGUUCUACUCUUACACCCUACUACCUGCUGAGUCCUUCUUCCACACAGUCCUGGAGAACAGCCCCCACUGUGACACCAUGGUGGACAACAACUUGCGUAUCACCAACUGGAACCGCAAGCUGGGCUGCAAGUGCCAGUACAAGCACAUUGUGGACUGGUGUGGCUGCUCCCCCAAUGACUUCAAGCCCCAGGAUUUCCACCGCUUCCAGCAGACAGCCAGGCCCACCUUCUUUGCCCGCAAGUUUGAAGCCGUGGUGAAUCAGGAGAUCAUCGGGCAGCUGGACUACUACCUGUAUGGGAACUACCCGACAGGCACCCCGGGCCUGCGCUCCUACUGGGAGAACCUUUAUGAUGAGCCUGAUGGAGUCCAUAGCCUGAGCGACGUGGCACUCACCCUGUACCACUCCUUCGCACGCCUGGGCCUGCGGAGGGCCGAGUCCUCCCUACACACAGAGGGUGAGAACAGCUGCAGGUACUACCCAAUGGGCCACCCAGCAUCUGUCCACCUGUACUUCCUUGCUGACCGCUUCCAGGGCUUUCUGAUUAAGCAUCAUGCUACCAAUCUGGCGGUGAGCAAACUCGAGACCCUGGAGACAUGGGUGAUGCCAAAGAAAGUCUUCAAGAUCGCAAGUCCCCCCAGCGACUUCGGGAGACUUCAGUUUUCUGAGGUCGGCACAGACUGGGAUGCCAAGGAGCGGCUGUUCCGGAACUUUGGUGGUCUCUUGGGGCCCAUGGAUGAGCCAGUAGGAAUGCAGAAAUGGGGGAAAGGGCCCAAUGUGACUGUGACUGUCAUUUGGGUGGACCCUGUUAAUGUCAUCGCAGCCACCUAUGACAUCCUGAUUGAGUCCACUGCUGAAUUCACCCACUACAAGCCCCCUUUGAACUUGCCCUUGAGGCCUGGGGUCUGGACAGUGAAAAUACUCCACCACUGGGUGCCCGUUGCAGAGACCAAAUUCCUCAUUGCACCUUUGACCUUCUCAAACAGGCAGCCCAUCAAACCAGAGGAGGCAUUGAGGCUGCACAACGGGCCCCCCCGCAGUGCCUACAUGGAGCAGAGUUUCCAGAGCCUGAAUCCAGUCCUCAGCCUGCCCAUAAUUCCUGCCCAAGUGGAGCAGGCUCGGAGAAAUGCAGCCUCCACAGGCACAGCGCUGGAGAGCUGGCUGGACUCGCUAGUGGGCAGGAUGUGGACCACAAUGGACAUCUGUGCCACGGGCCCUACCUCCUGUCCGGUGAUGCAGGCCUGCAGUCAGACAGCCUGGAGCUCCUUCAGCCCCGACCCCAAGUCAGAGCUGGGGGCAGUCAAACCUGAUGGCCGGCUCAGGUAGCACUGGCCACAUGUGGACCACAGCACAAUCUCAGCAGGAAAGCUGCCAGAGGGGCCUGAAGCCUGGCCUCCCUCUCUGGGUGGACCUCCUGGCCAUAGAACAGUGGGGGAGGUGAGUUUGGAGGCCAGAGUGGAUCGGCCUACAUUUGGCAAGCUGGCUUCUGGGGUGGGGAUGGCUCCGUGCCAGCACCAUGGCGGUCUCACCCCUUCUGGUUGACCCUCGACUCCUGCAGGUUCCUGUCUUCCCCUCCAGUGAUCUGUACCUGUGCCCCCCACCCCACCCCACCCCAAGUGAUUUUCAGACUUUUAUUUUGAGCCGCAGAACUUCAUUUACUCAGCUCAGUGGUAGGUAGAAAUUCAUGGUAUGGGUAAAACUAGGCUGCUGUGGUUGAAGCUGCAUAGGCUGCCUCAAAAGCUCACCUCACUGGGGGUCCCUUUGCCAAGGGCAUCUCCUCAGGUCCCUCUCCUGAACCCAAGGGCUCUGCACAAGCCAGUGUGACGACCACUGCCCAGACCGAGGGUAUGAGCUCCAGCUGCCCUUCUGCUUAUCUCUCUACUCCUUUGGCUGGGAACCCCUGGCCCACCCUAUAACAGCAGGCCACAGAAGGUCACAGGCUUAGGCCUCUCCCAGGAAAGUGGCAGGUUUGGGAGGGCUCCAAGCCUCUCACCAGCCUCUCUCCUACUGAGCUAUUCUUCAUGAUAACUGGAAGAGCAGGAAAGCCAUUUGGCCAAGGUCUACUUGGGCCUGUGGCAGCCAGCUGUCCCUGGGUCUAGGCCACGCUCCAUGCAGUAGAAAUGGCAGUAGAAAUGGGGUAAUGAGUAUGAGCCUCAUGUCUCCAAGUGGUUCAUGAGCUGCAAAACUGAGACCAUGACCUCUUUGGUCCUUGAAAAUGGAAAUGUUGGGGGUCAUGGCCGUGGAACUUACAAGAGAUUGCUUGGAACAAAACUCCUGAGCUAGACAGUACAGCAAUACCCAUCAUCUGCCAGAGCCCUGCCGUGCUGAGGUCAGGCCCCAAAGCCUUUGUGAAUCGCACAUUUGGUGCUGUUGGCAGUGACCAAACCCAUGGACCAGACUUCUCGCAUCCAGAAAAAAAGCAUUUCAGAUUUGCCUCUCAGUUUCAUGCCCUUCCUUUUCCAGAGUGCCAACAGGCCCAUCUGCACAUGCAAUAUAAAAACAAUUGAGUUUCAAAAAUGUUCCUAAAGGUUCUUUAAAAAUUAAAAAAAUAUUCAAAGUGCUAGAGUUACCAGAAAACUGAAGGGUUUCCUUCCCACGUCCCCCGGCUUGUCUGGGGCACCUCCCCAGUAGCACCCCUUCCUCCCUGAUCUUCACAUCCCCUGGAUGACAGGGUUCACUGGGGAAAGUCACACCUGUCCUUCCGAGGUGAGCCGGUCCUUGGCAUCUCCCCAGCAUGGGUGUCAAAUUACUAUGGUCCACCUCGUGGCCUGUCUGCUGUGCUGCCCUCUCCCGCCCAGCAAGGCAAGAUGUCCCGUUGGCAAUGGAGGACAUAGAGAAGGGACACUAGAUAUUUAUUAUUUAAUAUGUUUUAGUCAAUGACUAAUUAGUAGGUGCUGUUUUUGCAGCUUGUCAUUUAUGUUAUCUUACUAACUAAAGCUGCCUUUAUUCACAAAAGGCUCCCUUCCUCCUCCCUCCCACCCCUUGUCUGUCUGUCCCUCUCUAUCUCUAUCUCUAAUUCUGUCUCUGUCUCUAUAUGUCAGCCCUACAUCCUCCUUGUUCUCAGAGUAAAGCAGGGGUGUUGGACACCAUGAGAAAGCUUCAGCUGGCCUCAUCUACCAGCAUGACGCAGGUGCCUUUGGGACCUCUAGAGCCUCAUUUUUCCUUAUGCAGGGUGUUAGCCCCAUCCGUCCACUCAAAUGCAAGAGUGCUGAAUUCCUGAUGGCCCUGCCCUACCCAAGCAUAGAGAUGUGCUGGCUGAAAAUUUGGGGAGGGGGCAGUGUGCUGACUGUAGAAAGCUGCAUGGAGCUGCUUGGUCCACAGGGAACUCCCCAUAGCCAACCUGACCAUGAGUCUUGAUAUGACAGUGACAGGGGAACAGGCUCCUUCCAAGGGGAAGAGGGUCAUGGGACCCAGCCAGGAAAGCCGAGGAGAUAGCUGUUAUCCACAGUGAAUUUUGGGACCUCAGAGUGGCUUUCUCAGAAAGUUUACAGGUUCUCUAAGUGGUUUUACAGACUAUGAGAACCACCAGUCCAGUACUACAUCUUCUUUCUCCAUCAGCCUCUGCCCCUGGUCAGGGCUUCUCUGAGGCUGCUGAGGUCUGGGAGGCUUCCCCUUACCUUCCUUGUUCAGCUUUUAGGUCUCUGUGUUUUCUACAGUGUUACGUUCAGUGGCUUCAGGAGCUCAGUCUCAGCAGGUCCCUGGAUACAACGGGAGCUGCAGAUUCCGAGGCAAGGCCGCUCCUGACUCACUGACAUUUCAGACUUCCUUCCAUCCUAGAACAAGUGGAGAAAGGCAGAGGUGACUUACUAUGGGGACCACCCUCCUCCCCCAAGGCUUUCCUCCUCACUCGUGGCUACUAAUUCUGGGAGCUCGGAAGUCGCAUCAGUAUUUCUUUGUCUCCUCUGUUUUUGGACCAGAGAAUAAUUUUGCAGAUACUGCAUUUGAUAAGAAAAGAGAAUUCCAAACAACACCCAGCAUGAUUUGAGAAAAAUAGAUGUUUCUCAGGAAAGCCAGUGUUAAUGCUUUUAUUUUUAAUGUCUGCCGACAGUGUAUUUGUUGGAGGCAAUUGGUCAGGCAUCCUUGAGCUGCACCUGCCUGGGGAUCCCUCUCCCUGGGAGCCAUGCUCUUCAGGAACCCUAUCACUGUCUGUAGAGGCUGGAAGGGAUGAUAUCCUACUAACCAGAUCCCUAGAGUCUCUGGAAAGCUAAGUGGGGAGACUUGGGUGUCAGCUUAUGGGGAGAAGGAAAUAUCCCUAGAUGCUGUUGUCUGUGCAUUUCCCACUCAUCCAAUGACAUUCAGAAAGAAAAGAAUCUCAGCAGGUAUCCAGCAUUUCCAAAUCCCACUUCCCAAGUCCUGUACAAAGCAGUAUAUCCCCGAAGAGGAGGUGAGCAAUCUCUUAAAGGCCCCUUGCUUUAAGAAGUAUGCUCCUUCCUUGCACUGGAAAAAGCCUUUCUGGUGGGAUCAGAGGAGAGUCCUUCUGGUUUUAUUUCUCAUUGCUCAUGUAACUUUUACAUUUCAUAUAGAAUUUAGAGAGAAUAUCACCACACAACCCCUACCCCAGAGGGUUGGCUUAUCACCACUCUAGAAACAUGCCUGCAUAUAUGAAGAUACUUCUUCCUCCUGAUUCCUAGUUUGCAGAUAUACAAGGAGGUCAUUGACUGGAACUGAUCUCUGCCAAAAAGGUACAGAAUAGACAAGAGCAGUAGCUCUCAGGUGUGAGGCAUGAGGAGGGAUGCUUUUUACAACCAUAUUCACUGAGGAUUUGGGACACUAACUCCUCAGUAACAUUUCAAAGGUGGGAAGUACACUAGAAACUGCUAUCAGCAUGCUCAGUUUUGAGCAUGCAAAGAAGGUUUGCCAGAUCAAAGGGCCACUCAAUGGCAGGAGUCAUGACUGCUUAAUGAGGUCCAGGUCACAAACAAAUGACUGAAGCCAUUGAUGCAAGGCAAAGGGAGUGGUGGGGACUGUGGUCUGAUUGGCAUAUGUGGGACCCAUUGGGAAAGAGCAGCUGCUACUCAGCUCCAGCCUGUCAUUGCAUGGAAGGAUGCAAGCGUGUUGCAGUGGCAUCUUCCAGUUUGGUAAGGGAAGCCAGAAAUGCAUAUGUUUACAGAAAAUAUGACCUUUCAAUGUUAGCUAAUUUUUUAACAGUGUGAGAAAAAACAUCCCAUAGUUCCACUUAUGCACCCCCAGUAAAAUGCUGUCUGGAGAGAUGGCUUCAAAUGCCGUGAGGUCUUAUCAAGUGGAAGAGAGGGAAAGAGCCAACACAAGGAAAAGCAAAAGAAGAAUUCUUGGAUUUUUGAAAGAAUAGGAAUUUCUGAUGUGGUUCUCCUCCCAAGAGCCAUCCCACACAGGAGGGCUGUCCUGUUAGCUGUCUUGGUCCCAAGACAGUGUGUGCUGAAGGGAAACAGGAAUGCAGUCUGGAGGGGUGGGAUGUCCUCCCUUACACAUCCAGAGGUCCUUAUCUGCCUAGGUCCUUACCCUUUAGGACUGCAACAUGCCAGGCAGAAAUGGCAAGGACAGGGUCCAGGACAAGGGAAUGCUGAGUGAAACAGCAGGACUCUCCACAUCUCAAGUCUUGGCAACCAAUCUGCCACCUCUGGAAGCUUCCUCCAAAACCAAGCAGAGCUGUGCUUGUUCACAAGAUGUUCUCUUUGCUUCUGCCUCAGUUACCUGACUUUGCCCAUGGGUCAACCACAGGCGCUACCUCACUGUGUCCUGCUGAGAAGUUUACCUGGGGGGAGUGAAGGUGUCUAUGUCUGCUGGAGCUAAAUGAACAAUCUAUGCAAUCUCUCUCUCCCUCCCUCCCUCCCCCUCUCCUUCCCUCUCUCUCCAUCUCUCUCCCUCCUUCCCUCUCCCUCUCUCUCCUCUCUCCUCUCUUCUCCCUUCCUCUCUCCUGUCAUCUCUUUCUCCCUCUUCCCAUCUCUUUCUCUAACCUAGAAGUAUUAUUCUUUCUUACCUUGCAAACAAGAUACUGUAUAGGACCCUCUCAAGACUGCAGAGGGCUUUCAUGCACCACCCGUGUCUACCCAUCGCGUUGUCUUUGGUUCAGCUCUUGCCAAACCCCGUGCAGGGAGAAAGUGGCCUCUCUUCUCUCCCCGCUUGGCUGGAAAUGCUCCGACUGCCUCUGCCUGCAGGCACCACUGGGAAGCAGGCCCCACCCCUUUUUAUCCCGUUCCCAAUACUGUCUCCUUUCUGCCUUUUCCUCCAACUUGCUUCUCCUACCCCUACCCUCCAAAAAAGCCUUAGGUUUCUCCUUUUUGAAAUGUGGCCUUAAAAUUAUUUUGGAAAGCUGAUGUCCUCUCCUUCUGAUUUUCACCACUGUCCAGAAGAAAAGAGCGUCUUGAAGCUUUUUGUGGUGGCCUCCUGAGUCAGGGGCUGCAAAGCUGUAGUUUGAAGAUGCGAUAGAAAUUGCUUACAAAUAUCAUCUUUAAGAAAAAUGCUCUUCUGUUUUUCCUAUGGGCAAAAUGGGGCUCGAGAGCUCACGUGAAGCUUAGCAGACUCCUGAAGCACUCUUAAAGAGUUGCUGUGAGGGGCUGGCUGAAUUGCCAGCAGGGUGCUCACCAUCUUGGCUUUCCAAGCCUCCCCUUCCCCCAAGACUGGGUGACUUCCUGUACUUCAUCAAGGGUAAGUCAAGAGCAAUUCUCAAUUUAUCUCUUUGUCCUUCCUGCCUGGAAAGUAAUAGCAUUAAAUAUUCCCAGUGGAUGGGUCAAAUUCUCAAAGGGACCCUUCCCCCCCACCCCCGCCGCCUUCAGACUCCAUCCUUGCUCUUUCACCAUCUAGCACUGAUGGAGGCCAAAGACAACCCCAAGGUUUUCAUAGGAAAUUCACUGGAAUUGAGCGCAAUCAUCUUUGUAGUCUUUCUGUCUUCUUUUUUAAAAAUAUUACUAUGUUGUCGAUAGCAUUUGUUUUAGAGGCCUCAUGAUAAAUUAUUACUGUCUCCCUCACUGUUUUCAAAGACAUGCGGUGAUAUAGUUUUUAAAAAUAACUAUUUUGUUAUAGAUCAUAAUAUGCAUACAAUUGUACAGAAAUAUUUUGUAAUGUAUUGAUUUUAAAAAAGAGACUCUGUAAAUAAAGUCUAAAAAAAAGAGAGAGAAAGUUCACAUGGCACACACUGAAAGAUGUAGAUAUUUUGCUAUUUAUUUAAAGGAGUAUUUUAAGAGAGAUUGAACUAUCUGAAGUUGACCAAUAAUGAAAGUUCUAAUCAUCAGAGUGCUUUUCCUCAAGGUAGAAUGUGAUUCUCAGAAACGACUGCAUUACCUGCCCAUUUUUGCACCCUUUCUGUCUUCAUUUAGCAGAACAACAACAACAACAACAACAACAAAAUUGUGCCUUAGCUGUAUUUUUUGUCUAGGGGAGUUUGUUUCUGUCUGACAAAGCAAAAUUUUUUGCAGAAAAGUGGAUGUAUUAAAUAUUGUAUCAUACCAAAAACACUGCAGGUGUAUAUAGAUGCUUUCUGUCAUACUGUGUUUUCAGAUGCAGAAUUUUAAAAUAAAAAAUGUCUUUAUGGAA